AUGGCUACCCCCAGUGUUCUUACCUUUGACACUGAGGGUCGUGCUGUUGACUUUGAGGUCUGGGUCGAUGACCUCCAGCUGUUCCUCCAGUGCGAUAGGACAGACGACCUCUCUCUGUUCGACCUCACCUCUGGUGCCUCCCCUGCCUCGCCUGCUACUGCUGACAGCACUUACAAGAGUGCUCAGACAUUGUACGACGUUGUAGCUGCACUGAGCCACCUCAUGCUACCGUACCUCUUCCCUGACCUUGCUGCCUUUCCCACAAUCGCUGACCUCAUUACGCACCUCCGCACUAGUGUCACUCACUACCGCGCUGCGCUCCCUGCUGAGUUCUGGGCCAAGAACCCCCCCCCCAUGUACAUCACCCUCUACUACAUAAUCACCUGGCUCCCUGACUCUCUUCGCUUAGUAAGGGACCACAUUCUCUCAGUUUGCCCCACCACUCUCACCGCUGAACUCCUCGAGGAGCGCCUCCUAGCAGUAGAGAAGAGAAUAGUAGCUGUAGGAGCCUCUCGUGGUGACCCUCGCACCCCCGUCUUUGAGGGGUGUUCCCCUUCCCCCCUCUUGCCCUUUGUUGCUUCUACUGCUGCUGCCGACCUCGUUGGUUUCUACGGGGUCGGCGCUGCGUCUGCCCCUAGCAAGAGGCGCCGCACCGGCAAGGGCAAGGGGGGCAAGGGAGCUGGAGGGGCUAGCAGGGGCGGUGGAGGUGGCGGUGGAGGCAGUGGAGGGGGUGGGGGUGGUGGUGGGAGUGGUGGCGGGGGUGGCGGCGGCGGUGGCAGCAGUGGAGGCGGAGGAGGCGGCGGUGGUGGCGGAGGGAGCGGAAGUGGCGGAGGUGGCGGAGGCGGCGGCGGCGGCGGUGGAGCUGCUCGCGACUCUACGCAGAGGAGUGGGUCUGGUGGUGGUCCGCGCCAGCAGCAGCAGCGCAGUCGUGAGACCCGGUCCCCUCACCAGCUUCGUGAGUGGUACGUUGCGCGUCAGCGCAGUGGGGGUACUGGUCCCUGCACUUACGUUCUCCGUACCGGUGACCGCGUUGGUGAGCAGUGCGGGGGCCCGCACUCCACCCAACGCUGCUUUGGCCGCCUGACGGACACGUGGCGUCACCAGUUCCCUAAGGCGUCAGAGAUCCCUCGCUGGGGAGAUCUGUCUAGGGCGGGGGUGGCCAUCUUUGAUCUUGACUAUGAUGCUAUUCUUGCUGCCAUGUAUGCUGUGACUAUUAGUGAUGAGGGUGAGUGUUACCUGUGUGUUCCGCCUGACCCGAGCAUUCAGGCUGCUGCUCUAGGUGCUGGUGAGGCUCCUGCCCCAGGUGCUAGUGCGUCUGCUGCCCCAGGUGCUGGUGAGUCUGCUCUCUCAGGUACUACGUCGGCUCAGGCCUUACACACCUUCACCGUUGACUCGGGUGCUUCCCGCUCCUUCUUUCGCCACCGCACCACGCUUACGCCGCUUAGUCGGCCGGUUGCGGUCUCCCUGGCGGACCGCUCUGGGGGUCCUGUCCUUGCUAGCUUCUCCACUGUCUUACCGAUAGGGGGGUUGACCAGUUCACUCCUGCGAGUCAGCGGGUGA